AUUGGGCUAUUUGGGACCUUGGUACAAGCGAUAUCAUGUUUGAUAUCAAGUGCGAGAGCUUCUGAUCUGACAUACGUCAAAUACUCCCGAAAGAAAAUCCCUGGACCCGGUCUUAGUCAGACUCCUUCAUGUUGACCCAAUUUUUGAUGACAGGAAGGUCCAGCGGGUAUGGACGCUCCGCGGAGACGGGGAUGGUCGCGGACUUGUCACUCACGUGUGCGGAUAUAACGAGAUUAUAUCUUCCUGUCUGUAGAACUUGGUGUAUUCGCGUUUAUGUCUUUUUAAAGUCGGAGUGGCUAAAAACGUACCCAAUUCCAGUACCACGUGGGGAUAAUAGCUAUCACCACUUCAAGCACCAUCUCAAGUGACCAGUCUCCAUCAUGAGCGUCUCCGAGCUUAUAAAUUCUAUCAAUGCCGCUACUGGCAAAGCUAGUGAAUUGAAUGAAGAAGAUAGAGGAAAGCUUCUUCGUGCUUGUGGAAAACUCCAAUCAAGCUUGGAGGGUCCUAGAGAUAAGUUGAUGAGGAUAAUCUUCUCCGUAAGUGUUAUAUUUCAAUACUCGGAUUGCUUCUAACGUAUAGCUAGUCACUUGAACCAUUGGCACUUAGGCUCGCUGUCGACAUGGAAAUAUUUGAUACGGCAGCUACUUUAUCCGCGGCAGGCAAAGAAAUCCGAGCUGAGGAUCUAGUUGUUCCAAAAGAUGCUGAUACUUUGCUUGUUGGUGAGUUCCAUGUUGCUCGUAGUAAAAAUUAUCAAAAGGCUCACUUCAUCGCAGUUCGAGUUAUGAGACUUCUUGUUGGAAUGGGUUUCUUUGUCGAAACAAACGGGGAAACUUAUGUACCAACACCACUAGCAAGCGCUUUCGUCACAUCCUCUCCGUACAGCCAGGCAAUAAUUCAUUUGUAUAUUCCAUAAUUUCCAAGUAUCUUCUUUGAAUCUAACACUUGCUUAGCACGACCCAAAACGAAGUAGUAACCUCUCUCCCAACAUACUUUGCCAAAACUGGCUACAAGAACCCCAAUGAUGCAUUCAAUGGCCCAUUCCAGUUUGCUCGACAAACGGAACUCCAUUGUUUUGACUGGAUAGCUACUCAACCCCGUCUCCAAAAUGCUUUCAACACUGUAAUGACUAUCCCGCGUAAUAUUGGUCGUACAGCAUGGUACAAAUACUUCCCCGUUCCAGAAAAACUCGUUGCAGCAUCGCCUACCGACCCACUUAUUAUUGAUAUUGGAGGAGGUAUCGGACAUGAUUUGAUACGUUUCAAGGAAGCAAAUCCAGAAAUUCAGGGAAGACUCAUCGUGCAAGAUAUACCAGUUGUGAUUUCUGGUAUAGCACCAGGCUCACUUCCUGAGGGCAUUGAAGCUCAACCCCACGAUUUUUUUAAACCACAGCCGAUUCAAAACGCCAAAGCUUAUUUCCUUGCCAAUGUCUUGCACGAUUGGCCUGAUAAACAAGCUUCUAUUAUCCUUGAACAGAUAAGAGACGCGAUGGCGGAGGAUAGUAUGUUAUUGAUCAAUGAGAAUUUGAUGAAAGAAGAGAAUGCUUCAUUUGAGAGUGCGUGUACAGAUUGGACAAUGAUGGGUGGAUUUUCGGCAUUAGAAAGAACGGAGAGACAAUUUAAGGAGUUAAUUGAGAGUGUGGGGUUGGUAUUAGUGAAGGUUUGGGGUGCACGAAAUGUGGAGAAUGGACCGUGGGAGGGAAGGAGAUUGUUGGAAGUCAAAAAAGGAUAAAUAAUUGGUGAUUUUUCGCUAGAGUAAAUA